UCUCGCGGGAACCAGCAGAAACGCGCCAAAAUAGGAACACAGAACCAGCGCUGUCAGAGCGGCUAAUGGCGGACCACAACACUGCUAUGUUAUCUAAAUAAUUGACAACUCUUUUGUUUUGCCGUUACGAUAACAUCUACAAAACGGUGGACUUAAUUUCGUGGACUUCAUAACUUGGAAGAGCGAGGAUGGUUUAUCAGAACACCGGACGGUACCGGGCCGACCGUGGACCUGGAGGGGGCGCAGAUCAGGACCACCAGCAGGAUGAUAACUCGGCGGCCAAGCGGCUGGAGCGAAGUCAGUUCACCGACGAGAUGGACGCCCGCUUCGGCUUCGACCGGAUGAAGGAGCCGGGAGAGAAGACGGGCUGGCUGGUCAACAUGCACCCGACUGAGAUCCUGGACGAGGACAAACGACUGGUCGGUGCUGUGGAUUACUACUUCAUCCAGGAGGACGGAAGUCGCUUCAAGGCAGCACUCCCCUUCAAGCCCUACUUCUACAUAGCCACUAAAAAGAACUGUGAGCGGGAGGUCAUCUCCUACCUCUCCAAGAAGUACCAGGGCAGGCUGUCCAAGCUGGAGGUGAUCUCCAAGGAGGACCUGGACCUGCCCAACCACCUGGUGGGUCUGAAGAGGAGCUACGUCAAGCUGUCCUUCAGCACGGUGGACGACCUCACCAGGGUCCGCCGCGAGAUCGCUCCUGCCGUCCGGAAGAACCGGGAGCGGGAGCAGUCCAACGACGCCUACACCACCAUGCUGUCCAGUGCCAUGGCGGGCGGCAGCGUGACGAUGGAGGAGGAGGACGGGCGCUACAAGAAGAUGUCGGACCAGCUGGACAACGUGGUGGACAUGAGGGAGUACGACGUGCCCUACCACGUCCGGGUGUCCAUCGACCUGAAGAUCCACGUGGCCCACUGGUACAACGUCCGGUACCGCGGCACCGCCUACCCUCCGGAGAUCGUCCGCCGGGACGACCUGGUCGAGCGACCCGACCCGGUCGUUCUGGCCUUCGACAUCGAGACCACCAAGCUGCCUCUGAAGUUCCCGGACGCAGAGACGGACCAGAUCAUGAUGAUCUCCUACAUGAUCGACGGACAGGGCUUCCUCAUCACAAACCGAGAGAUCGUGUCCGAGGACAUCGAGGACUUUGAGUUCACUCCCAAGCCCGAAUACGAAGGCCCCUUCACCGUCUUCAACGAGGCUGAUGAGGCAGCCCUCAUUCAGCGGUUCUUCGAUCACGUUCUAGAGACCAAGCCCAACAUCUUUGUCACAUACAACGGGGACUUCUUUGAUUGGCCCUUUGUGGAGACCCGGGCGCUGCAGCACGGCCUCACCAUGUACAAGGAGAUCGGCUUCCAGAAGGACAACCAGGGGGAGUACAAGUCCUCGCAGGCCAUCCACAUGGACAGCUUCAGGUGGGUGAAGAGGGACAGCUACCUGCCGGUCGGCAGCCACAACCUGAAGGCGGCGGCGAAGGCCAAGCUGAGCUACGACCCCGUGGAGCUGGACCCCGAGGAGAUGUGCCGCAUGGCGACCGAGGAGCCACAGACCUUGGCCACCUACUCUGUGUCGGACGCCGUGGCCACGUACUACCUCUACAUGAAGUACGUCCACCCCUUCAUCUUCGCCCUCUGCACCAUCAUCCCCAUGGAGCCUGACGAGGUACUGAGGAAGGGCUCAGGCACGCUGUGCGAGGCGCUGCUGAUGGUGCAGGCCUUCCACGCCAACAUCGUGUUCCCCAACAAGCAGGAGCAGGUGUUCAACAAGCUGACGGCCGACGGCCACGUGCUGGACUCAGAGACCUACGUGGGGGGGCACGUGGAGGCCCUGGAGUCCGGGGUGUUCCGCAGCGACAUCCCCUGCCGCUUCAAGAUGAACCCGGCGGCGUUCGACUUCCUGUACCAGCGGGUGGAGAUGACCCUGCGCCACGCCAUCGAGGAAGAGGAGAAGAUCCCCAUGGACCAGGUCACCAACUUUGAGGAGUUGUGUGAGGAGAUCAAGGCCAAGCUGGUGUCUCUGAAGGAGGUCCCCAACCGCAUAGAGUGCCCCCUCAUCUACCAUCUGGACGUGGCCGCCAUGUACCCCAACAUCAUCCUCACCAACCGGCUUCAGCCCUACGCCAUGGUGGACGAGGCGAUCUGCGCCGCCUGCGACUUCAACAAGCCGGGAGCCAACUGCCAGAAGAAGAUGUCCUGGCAGUGGAGGGGGGAGAUCAUGCCAGCGAGCCGCAGUGAGUUCCACCGGAUCCAGCAGCAGCUGGAGUCGGAGAAGUUCCCGCCGUUCUUCCACGGCCCGCCGCGCGCCUUCCACUCGCUGAGCCGCGAGGACCAGGCCAAGCACGAGAAGAAACGCCUCGCAGACUACUGUAAGAAGGCCUACAAGAAGGUGCACCACACGCGUCUGGAGGAGAAGGUGACCACCAUCUGCCAGCGGGAGAACUCCUUCUACGUGGACACGGUCCGCGCCUUCAGGGACCGCCGCUACGAGUUCAAGGGCCUGCACAAGGUGUGGAAGAAGAAGCUGUCGUUGGCGCUGGACAGCGGGGACGCGGCGGAGGCCAAGCGCUGCAAGAACAUGGAGAUCCUGUACGACUCGCUGCAGCUCGCCCACAAGUGCAUCCUCAACUCCUUCUACGGCUACGUCAUGAGGAAGGGGGCCCGCUGGUACUCCAUGGAGAUGGCGGGCAUCGUGUGUUUCACCGGAGCCAACAUCAUCACCCAGGCCAGGGAGCUCAUCGAGCAGAUUGGACGCCCGCUGGAGCUGGACACAGACGGGAUCUGGUGCGUUCUCCCCAACACCUUCCCGGAGAACUUUGUGGUGAAGACGAGCAUGGAGAAGAAGGCGAAGGUGACCAUCUCGUACCCGGGCGCCAUGCUGAACAUCCUGGUGAAGGAGGGCUUCACCAACGAUCAGUACCAGGAGCUGGUCGACCCCGCCACGCUCACCUACGCCACGCGCGCCGAGAACAGCAUCUUCUUCGAGGUGGACGGGCCGUACCUCGCCAUGAUCCUGCCCGCCUCCAAGGAGGAGGGCAAGAAGCUGAAGAAGAGGUACGCUGUGUUCAACGAGGACGGCUCCCUGGCCGAGCUGAAGGGCUUCGAGGUGAAGAGGAGGGGCGAGCUCCAGCUCAUCAAGAUCUUCCAGUCCUCCGUGUUCGAGUCGUUCCUGAAGGGCACCACCCUGGACGAGGUCUACGCCUCCGUGGCCAAGGUGGCCGACUACUGGCUGGACGUGCUCUACAGCAAGGCGGCCAACAUGCCGGACGCGGAGCUGUUCGAGCUGAUCUCGGAGAACCGCUCCAUGUCGCGGCGCCUGGAGGACUACGGCGAGCAGAAGUCCACGUCCAUCAGCACGGCCAAGCGGCUGGCCGAGUUCCUGGGCGACCAGAUGGUGAAGGACGCCGGCCUCAGCUGCCGCUACGUCAUCUCCAGGAAGCCCGAGGGGGCCCCCGUCACCGAGAGGGCCAUCCCCAUGGCCAUCUUCCAGGCCGAGCCCAGCGUGAAGAAGCACUUCCUGAGGAAGUGGCUGAAGACCCCCGCCCUGCACGACAUGGACAUCCGCACGAUCCUGGACUGGAACUACUACAUCGAGAGGCUGGGCAGCACCAUCCAGAAGAUCAUCACCAUCCCAGCAGCCCUGCAACAGGUGAAGAACCCGGUCCCCAGGGUCCGCCACCCCGACUGGCUCCACAAGAAGCUCCUGGAGAAGAACGACGUCUACAAGCAGAAGAAGAUCAGCGAGCUGUUCACCAGCGAGGGCAAGAGACAGGUGGCCCACCAGCCCCUCCAGCCCGGCGAGGCGGCGGACCUGGAGGACUUCGGCCGCCCCCCCCGCCCCCUGCAGCCGGCCGUGCUGAUCAGCACCAAGCGGCGGCGCGCCUCCCAGGGGGAGGAGAGCCAGGGGGUGUCCCAGGACCUGGAGCUCACCCAGUCCUGGAGGGAGAUCCUGGGGGCCCCGCCCCCCCAGGGCACCACCCAGGAGGACCGCCUGGUGUGGCUGCGGUACCACAAGAAGAAGUGGGAGCUGCAGCUGCGGCAGAGGAAGGAGCGGAGGAAGAGGAGGAGGCUGGGCGACGGGGAGGCCCAGCCCGUGGGGGGGGGCGUGAUCCGGGACGCGCCCACCACCGGCCUGGGGGGCUUCCUGCGCCGGACGGCCCGCAGCAUCCUGGACAUGCCGUGGCAGAUCGUGCAGAUAGCGGAGACGGCCCAGCCAGGCCUCUACCGGCUGUGGGCCGUGAUGGGCAACGACCUCCACUGCAUGAAGCUGCACAUCCCCCGUGUCUUCUACGUCAACCAGAAGGUCCCCAAGCAGGAGGACGGGGCCAACUACCGCAAGGUGAACAGGAUGUUGCCGCGCUCCAACAUCGUGUACUUCCUGUACGAGUACUCCGUGCCGGAGGACAUGUACCAGGAGCACAUCAACGAGAUCAACGCAGACCUCGCCGCGCCCGACAUCGAGGGGGUCUACGAGACGCAGGUGCCCCUCCUGUUCCGUGCCCUGGUGCAGCUGGGCUGUGUCUGUAUGGUCAACAAGCAGGCGCUGCGGACGCUGGCCGGCCGCGAGGCCGACACCUUCGAGCUGGAGAACCUGGAGAUGAGGUCGCUGGCCCAGUUCAGCUACCUGGAGCCCGGGAGCAUCCGCCACAUCUACCUGUACCACCACAGCCAGGGACACAAGGCCCUGUUCGGAGUGUUCAUCCCCUCGCAGCGCAAGGCCAGCAUCUUCAUCCUGGACACGGUGCGCAGUAACCAGAUGCCCAACCUGAGCACGCUGUACGGGGUGGAGCGCACGGCGCUGCUGGAGAAGACCACGGAGGACCUGCUGCCCCCUGAGAAGCACACCUUCGAGGUCCGCGCAGAGAACGACAUCAAGGCCAUCUACCGGGCGCUGCAGCGCACGCUGCUCAACUACAAGGAGGAGCGCCGUGGGCCCACCCUGAUCGCGGUGCAGUCCAACUGGGAGCUGCGGCGGCUGGCGGCGGGGAUGGGCGUCCUGGAGGAGUUCCCCGUGGUGCCGGUCCACGUGGCCGACGACAUCAGCUACAGCGUCCUGGACUGGCAGCGGCACGGCGCCCGACGCAUGAUCCGCCACUACCUCAACCUGGACUCCUGCCUGUCGCAGGCCUUCGACAUGGCCCGGUACUACCACCUGCCCGUGGGGAACCUGCCCCAGGACGUGUCCAUCUUCGGCUCGGACCUGUUCCUGGCCCGCCACCUGCGGAAGCACAACCACCUGCUGUGGAUGUCCCCCACCACCCGGCCCGACCUGGGGGGACGCGAGGCCGACGACAGCCGGCUGGUGAUGGAGAGCGACGACCGGGUGUCCGUGGAGAUCAACGCCCCGGGGUGCUACUCCACAGUGUGUGUGGAGCUGGACCUGCAGAGCCUGGCGGUGAACACCAUCCUCCAGUCGCAGCACGUCAACGACAUGGAGGGCGGGGCCAGCCUGGGGGUGAGCUUCGACGUCAUCCAGCAGGCCUCGCUGGAGGACAUGAUGUCCGGGAACCAGGGGGCCGUGGCGGUGGCCAGCUACGACGAGACCGCCCUCUGCUCCAACACCUUCAGGGUCCUGAAGAGCAUGGUGGUGGGCUGGGUGCGGGAGAUCACCCAGUACCACAACGUCUACGCAGACAACCAGGUGAUGCACUUCUACCGCUGGCUGCGGUCGCCCAGCUCCCUGCUGUACGACCCCGCCCUGCACCGCACGCUGCACAACAUGAUGAAGAAGGUCUUCCUGCAGCUGGUGGCGGAGUUCAAGCGACUGGGCUCCACCGUGAUCUACGGGAACUUCAACACCAUCAUCCUGGGCACCAAGAAGCGCCACACGGACGACGCCAUCGGCUACGUGGAGUACAUCACCAACAGCAUCCACUCCCGGGAGAUCUUCCACUCGCUGUCCAUCUCCUUCUCCCGCUGCUGGGACUUCCUGUUGUGGAUGGACCCGGCCAAUCACGGAGGGGUGAAGGGCAAGCUGCCCUCUGGCGCCCUCUGUGGGGAGGACGGAGCUCUCCUGAAGAAGAAGAAGAGGAAGAGCGGUGAGGACGCAGAGGACGGCAGUGAGGAUGAGGAAGAGGAGGAGGCGGGCGGGGAGGAAGAGGACCUGGACGGGGAGGUGGACGAGGUGGAGGAUCUGAUUGAGAGCAACUGGAACAUCAUGCAGUACCUGCCCCAGACGGCUUCCUGCCAGAAGUACUUCAUCAUGAUCGUCUCUGCGUACAUCGCGGCGGUCUACCACAGCAUGAAGGAGGAGCUCCGCCGCAGCGCCCCCGGGGCCACGCCCAUCAAGCGGCGGGCGGGGGGCAGCCAGGCCACCCAGCAGGCGGCCGAGGAGCUGGGGGCGCUUCCCGGUAUGAUCUCCUUCUCCCAGGAGUACGUGGCCAACGAGCUGACCCAGAGCUUCUUCACCAUCACCCAGAAGAUCCAGAGGAAGCUGGCGGCCACGCGCAGCGUCACCCAGCCCUCAGAGAUGUUCCCCAACCUGCCCGGCUCCCACCUGCCCCUCAACAACCCCGCCCUGGAGUUCAUCAAAUACGUCUGCCAGGUGCUCUCCCUGGACGCCAACAUCACCAACCAGGUGAACAAGCUGAAGAGGGACCUGCUGCGGCUGGUCGACGUGGGCGAGUUCUCGGAGCACGCCCAGUUCAGGGACCCCUGUAACUCCUACAUCCUGCCUGAGGUCAUCUGCCACAGCUGCAACUUCUGCCGCGACCUCGACCUCUGCAAGGACCCCUCACUGGCCCAGGACGGCUCGGUCCUGCCCCAGUGGUUCUGCUCCAACUGCCGGGCGCAGUACGAGACGGAGUUCAUCGAGACGUCCCUGGUGGAGGCGCUGCAGAAGAAGCUGAUGAGCUUCACCCUGCAGGACCUGGCCUGUGUGAAGUGUAAGGGUGUGAAGGAGGCCAACAUGCCGAUCUACUGCCGCUGCGCUGGGAGCUUUGACCUCACCUUCACAACCAAGAGCUUCUCGGAGCAGAUCAAGGUGUUCCGCAGCAUCGCCGCUCACUACAACAUGGUCUUCCUGGAGGAGACCAUCGAUUGGCUGCUGACCAUGAGCCCGCAGAUCAACCUCAGUGUGCACUGACCCCCUUAGGCCUCUCCUUAUAUGGGCGUUCCCCCUGUUCAUAUCCUGUCUACCAGAGUCAGCUCCCAUCAUGCAUCUUGGUCCACCCAUCAAUCAGGGGCACUAAAAAGUCGUCCGAUGUUUCGUUUCUGUCGUCUCUAAAACUUGUUUUGAGAUGGGUUGUUAAUAUUGUUGAUAUUCUGUGUGUACUAUUUUCUGUAUAUGAACUGCAUUUUUGCUUCAAAAUUUUUAAUAAAUGUAUUUCACGUUA